AUGUUUCUUAGUCUUGGACGCAAUAAAUCUAGGAAACCUGACGAUAUGAGCUCAGGGAAACGCAAAAAAACUAAACAACAAACUAGUAAACAAGGAAAAUCAAAACCAAAAAAAACAUCUGCUUCUGAUAAUUCAUCAGAUAUGACUGCCGUGAGUGAAACACCGGACAAUAUCGCUAUGAAUGGUAAUGAAUCCACUGUUGAGAAUAUUAAAAAAAUUCCCCAUGAUCACGUGAAUGUGGAUCAAGAAACCAACCACGUGACCCAGAACCUCGAUUCGUUAAAUCCCAAAAACAGUAAUGAAUCCAAUACCGCAACGUUCCAUAUUCGCGGAAGUACUGGCCCUCCGAGUGAGCCUGAAUCGGUAAUUACCGAAGGUUCGGGCGAGAACGCUCUAUCUGACGUUACGGCUUUGACUGAAGAAGAAAAAGGCAAUUUUGGUCAACGUGAAGGAUGGGGUGGAUAUCCAAAGGAUAAUAUCCCAGAAUAUUAUAACUCUAAUCACUUUCCUGAUGUGCUCAAGAGUGAUUCCAUCACAAGUGGCCGCAGAAAUGAGGAAUUGCAAAAUCCGAUAACAUCUCUUGAGUUGAAUGACGAAAAAUUUAGUGAUCAACGUUCUAAUUUAUUUGAGGAUUCAAAAAACUUUCAGGAUAUCGAUGAAUCCGAAUCUCUACUCACCCCCAAAGGAUUUAAUACAUCCUUGUCAUCUGUCACCGCUCCACGUGGACUUCCACUUGAAUUGUUCUCUGAUAAUCUUUACAUAGGCCCUAUUGACCAACUUCCACCUAUGGGUCUUGCAUUCUAUUGGCUUGGUUGGUACACAGAAGCUGUGUUUUCACAAACUGCAGAUGGGCUUAGUAUUGUGGAUCGAUUCACGGGAAUUCCUCUUAGCAAGUUAUUUCUUUGGAUUUAUUCUCCUAAAAAUUUAAAGAAGAUGAUGUUUGAUGCUGCCGCAAAAGUUGCUGAUACAUUUAAUCCAAAUACUGAUGUCAUCGUUUUUGGGGCCGUGGAAGUUAAUAAAGUCACAGGAAAUUUGCAUAUUACAGCAGUUGGUCAUGGAUAUAGUGGAUUUGGUAAACUUGUCCCAACAACAUAUAUAGACAAUUUCAAUAGAGUUUUAUUAACAAAUCAAUAUGCAGUUACAGACUACACCAGAAUAAUCGAUGAAACAAAACCGACUGGUGUCCCAGGGAUCUUUUUCAAAUAUGACAUAGAACCAAUUUCGGUUCGCAUAACCGAAAAGUCCGUGACAUUCGCAAAAUUUUUAACACGUCUUUGUGGAUUGGUUGGUGGCGUUUGGGUAACAGCUGGAUUUGUUUUAAAGUUUGCUAAUUGGAUUUGGAUGUUAUUGGAUCGAAAUAUCGGCAAUUCGACACGUAGAUUGAAUAAUAUGGAUAGUAAUGUGAAUGGUGCGGUAUAUAAUGGUGGCGUUCGGUAUAAUUAUACUGAUAGUGGAAUACAUAGAGGUGUUAAUAUCGGAUUACAAAAAGUUUCUAAUGAUUAA